CAGGGCAACAAGGCCGGCUCCUCUCACAAGUGUUCGGAUAAGAAGGAGCCUGUCCAGGAUAGUAGCAGCGGCAGCUCCCGCCGGGAGGGGCCUUUGAUGAAUAAAACUCAGUGUCUUCUUCAGAUAAUACUCUUUAUUUCCCACUGAAGUGAAUCAACAACGCCAGAUUUGUUUUCAUUUAGCAGAGGAGAAGAACAAGAUGAGGAACAGAGGCAAGAGAGGGGGGAGGCGGGUCGGUUGUAUAGUCUGUGGUAGGCUAACUGUACAAUCAUACUAGUGUUAACUGUGGUGUGUGAUGUAAGAAACAUUUGCAUGAGUUGCUAGCACGAGUCCACCCACAGGUGUUCCUUUCGUUGGUCAUCGCUCAGGCUAGAAGAUGUUGUCGCUCCCACAAGUGGAGUCACAAUGUUUCCAUCCUGAAACAUUUGGUCAAAUGUUAGCAUCGCCAUGUUUACAUUGUGUUCACUGGUUCUCAGAGGUCAGUGUUAAGGCUGUGUAUACACUGUUCAGUAUGUCUCCUGUGCAGUUAUGACACUAAAAUGUGUGCAGCUUGUAAUGGAUAACAGGGCUUCGGUGGAGUGUUCAUCAAAGAUUGCAUCCAUUUCACAAAUCCAUCUGGGAAGAAGUUUCGGAGCAAGCCUCAGCUGGCCCGUUACCUUGGUAACCAGAUGGACCUCAGUUCCUUUGAUUUCCGCACAGGGAAGAUGCUGAUGAGCAAGCUGAACAAGAACCGCCAGAGACUGCGCUAUGAUAACAACAACCAGAACAAGGGCAAACCUGACUUGAACACAUCGCUCCCAGUCAGACAGACGGCCUCCAUCUUUAAGCAGCCUGUUACCAAGGUUACCAACCACCCAAACAACAAAGUGAAGACAGAUCCCCAGAAAGCCGUCGAUCAGCCCAGACAGCUAUUUUGGGAGAAGAAACUCAGUGGUCUUAAUGCUUAUGACAUUGCAGAGGAGCUGGUGAAAACAAUGGAGCUGCCUAAAGGCCUGCAAGGUGUUGGUCCAGGCUGCACAGAUAAGACUCUCUUGUCGGCGAUUGCCAGCGCUCUGCACACCAGCGCCGCUCCCAUCACCGGCCAGCUGUCUGCGGCUGUGGAGAAGAACCCAGGAGUGUGGCUCAACACGGCUCAGCCGCUGUGCAAGGCCUUCAUAGUGACCGAUGAGGACAUCAGGAAACAGGAGGAGCUGGUGUACAGUGUGAGGAAAAGGCUGGAGGAGGCGCUGAUGGCUGAUAUGUUGGCCCACGUCGAGGAGGCUGCCAAUGAAGGAGAGGCUCUGAAGGAGGAGGGCAACGGCAGUGAGGAUAUGGAGAGCGUAUAGCACAGGGUUUUGUGACAUCCGGAUGGGUUUGUUCAACACCUGCACACACACGACCAUGAACAGUAGGAGCCCUACAACAGUCCAGCCCUGAUGAACUGUCCCCUUGUAUCUGCAUCCAACCUAAACCUCAACCUGACUUUAACCAGCCCUGUUCAACCUAAAGAACCGUGUUCCCCUCGGGGACACUUGGGAGUCUCAAAUGCGUCUAUUCAUCGUUAACUCCACCGGAUGGGACUCCUCGACCUCCGCACCAAUUAAAUCACUCGACGUAUUUCUGAGCUCAGUUGAUUUUUCACUCGGACAUUUUAAAAUAUUUAAAAAAGAAAAGAAAUGACAUCAAAUGAACUUGCAAAUAUUAAGAAUAACUUAUCUACAGUUUGUCAAACUCAGUGUUCAAUGAUAGUCGUAUUUUUUACUGAAAGGCUUUGAAUGGGUGUGUGUUUUUUGUGACAAUCAUGUCAAAUCCAAACAUUUUCACAUUCAGCGAAAGGUCGAUAUGGGUGCUUUUGUUUUCGGGCCGAUUGGAGAUGAAUGUUUUGUAUUCCUGACAUGUCUCUUUCUGGAAUUUUAUGAUGCACUCCAUGAGUAGUCUGACACGAAACACACAGACCGUCUUUUCAAACGGAACCUGCGCAGAGCUGAGCUAGUUUAAACCGGCCUCGGUGCUGACCUGUAGGCGGCUGGCGUUACUAAUGCAGGUGGUGUGGUUAGAGUCCUGUGUACAUCCAGAGUAAAGUAAGGAAAUAUUGUCUGUCGUGUCCGGUGUGUUAUCCUGUGAGUCAGUAUUGACCAAAGAGGAGACAUGUCAUUUAGAAGAGGGUGGAGGUUGACUCGCGUGUAACUUAAAGUCUGCUUUGUGUUUUAUCGUAGUAGCGAUUUUAUUGGCUCUGCUGUUGUACAAGUACACAUGAGGAAAGUGAAAGGUACACACGAUGGGGCCGAGCACUAUGGGAAAGAAAUGACUUGAAACCUCUUUCUAUUGUUACUGUUUUUAACUCUGAUCAUCAUCAUCAUCAUCAUCAUAGGUGCUUACUGACGUGAAACGUUGCUGUUUAGUGCCAAGGCUUUGUCACAGCUUCGGUCCACCUUUUUUUUUUUUUUUUUUUUUUGUAUGUGUCAAUGUUACCACACACAUGCUGCCUCCUCGUACACCCACGCACAAAAUUGGUGACACAGCAAAUUACAGUUAAGAUUUAGUUUUAAUGACUUUUCAUUUAUUUUGUAUUCUUUUUUUGUUUGUCAAGGUUUGAUGGUGAAUAAUGUAUGCAGCCCAAAUCAUGAAAUUCCCUUCUGAAUAUCAGCAGGCUGAUUGCUGAAAUGAAUUUGAUUGUAUUACUUAUUAAAAAUGAGUCGGU